AUGGCGACUGAGAUUGUGAAGCCUGCGUACGCAGGAAAACCUGCCAAUAUUCCUGGUGCAAAUGUCUUCGAUUUCCUCUUCAGCAGCCCGUUCCAGCACGAGAGUGACUUUGCCCCUAGAGCGCGACGGGUACCCAAGCUUCGAGAUGAUCAGCCCAUUUUCGUUGACCACGCCAGCGACCGUCCCCUCACACUCUCCCGCGUAAAGCGCGAUGCCCUCACCCUCGCCACCAACCUUCAAUCCCUUGGCCUUGAUCCCAACGCCAUAGAAACCCUCCCACCUACGGCAUCAUGUAGCGGCCCGGAAGUCGCACCAGUGGUGCUAAUCCAACUCCCCAACUGCCUGCCUUUCGCGACUUUGAUGAUGGGCACCAUCGCAGCUGGCCUCACCGCAACGUUGGCUUCGCCCUCGCUAACCACCACGGAGCUUGCGUGGAUUAUCAAGAACUCACGACCGCGUGUGCUUUUCACUACGAAGUCUAUGCUUGACACUGUCGAGAAGGCGCUGGAAUCGCAGGAGGAUGAGGCCUACAAGAAUAGCGCGCGCGUCUACACUGUUGAUCUAGCGACGGAUCUGUAUCCCCUCUCACCCGCCUCGCACGCUGAGGAGGGAGACUGGAAGAACCUCCUCACAUUAUCCAAGUCACCGCUCACUGUCGCUCAUCCAUUCUCACCCGAGUCAGCCGCGACACGUACGGCUAUCAUUCUCUGGUCCUCUGGCACCUCAGGUCGAUCCAAGGGUGUACUGCUCUCGCACCAAGCCAUCAACUUCUCCAUCGCGUCGCUAUGGCACGACGCCGACUUCUACGGGUUUCACCAGCGAUGGCUCGGCUACGUGCCCUUCUACCACGUCUUUGGUCUAACCAACAUCUUCCUACUUGCUUUUGCGACCGGCUCUACGGUGUACACAAUGCCCGCGUUCAAGCUCGACACAGUCCUGUCAGCCAUUCCCCGAAGACAGGUCACCUAUCUGCACAUGGCGCCUCCCGUGGCGGUGAUGCUCGCCAAAUCACCCGUUGUAGAACCAUUCGCGCGACGCGACGCACGCGGUCGUAACGCGUUUAGCAGUGUCGUCGCGGGUGUAACAGGUGGUGCCCCUCUGGGCCACGAGAUCGUGGUGCAAGUCUUCCAAAGGCUCGGAUUCCUGGUCAGACUAGGCUACGGCAUGUCAGAAGCGUGCAGCAUCACUGUGCAAAAGGGCUUGAGAGAAAAGGACAUGAACGGCUACAACAACGAUACGGGCAGACCUCACUGGGGCGUUGAGCUCAUGAUCGCCGCGACAGGCGAGGAACCUACAGGCCCAACCACGAAGGCUUCUCCAUUCGGCGCACCUGGUGAAAUUCUCGUGCGGUCGCCCGGAUUAAUGAGUGCCUAUGUUCCCACACAGGGACUGGGCAGCUCAGAGACCCCCGACAUGAGCGUCACAGCCGAGGCCCUCACGCCAGACGGAUGGCUUCGCACCGGCGACGUGGGCACACUCGACGAAGAGGGAAACCUCUGCAUCACAGACCGCAUCAAGGAACUCAUCAAAGUACGCGCAUACCAAGUUGCGCCCGCCGAGCUCGAGGCUAUCCUGUGCAGCAGCGACGAUGUAGCAGACGCCGGAGUCAUAGGCGUGUACGACAAGAGCGAGGCAACAGAGUGGCCUCGCGCUUACGUCGUCGCAGCAAACCAGGAAAAGUCAGAGGCUGAUCUCAAAGUACUGGCGCAUGAUCUGAAGUCGCUGGUCGAGAGCCACGCCGCGCGGUACAAAUGGCUCGUUGGUGGAAUUGUUUUCGUCAAGCAGAUCCCCAAAUCACCGAGCGGUAAGAUUCUCCGACGGGUAAUUCGCGAUGGUGGUGUGCAGGGCUUGGAGGUGAUGCUCUACCAGCGCAAGAAGCGCGACCAUAAGCUAUAG